AUGUCUAACUUAUCGUCUGCAAGUACGAAAAAUCAUUCGAAAAAACAGAAUAAUAGUCGUGAUCGUGAUAAAAGUAAAUCAAUUGCUUCAGAAUCCGGUGGCUCUAGUCAGUGCGACACUCCACCGCUUAUAGAAAAGGAUGGCCCAACACAAGGUAAGUUUGCUGGUAUUGGUGCAGACUCAAUACAAUGUAUGGCAGAGCAGGUUGGUGCAGAAAUCAAUUCAGAGGCAGCAACAAAUCUUGCUGAGGAUAUCAGUUAUAAAUUACGCCAAACUAUUAGUACAAUUGCAUUGCACAGUGAGAUGAUGAAAAAAUCUUGUGUUGAUAGCUGGGAUGUUAAUACAGCGUUUAUGCUAUCUGACACAAGUCCAGUAGUUGGUGCUAGCACACCGCAAUACAUGACAUUUAGUGAAGAAAAGAUAUGUUGCGAAGUAGAAACAUUAAUAAACAUACCAGAAUACUCAAUGGCAACACAAAGUUAUGUGUUCUCAACACUGCCAACUGUGUCCGUGGAAUGGAUAACAGAUGAUAAAAGUUUAAAUAAUAGUAAUAAUAUUAGUGUCAAUUUGCAAAACUAUUAUACAAAAAUAGCAAGAGCGAUACUCAACCUUAAGAAAAAACCUAAACAGCUAGCCGUAGAAGACCUAACAACGAAUACCCGAAUAGGUCCUAUAUUUCCGAAUCUCUUCAACUUAGCAGUACUCGUGCUGAAUGAUGAUAAUUUAAAUGCAUUGAAUGUACCUGCAAAGAAACCUUUACAAUCAAAUGUAUUAGAUAUGGUAGACGCUCUGUGUUCAAAUCCUUGUAGUCUGGAUACAAAUAUUCAGCAACAAUUCCAAAGGCUGUUUCCAGUGAUGGUGUCCAAUAUAUUAGGUAAUGGAUCGCUAGCGGAGAAAAUGGUUGCCAUAUUGACCAAAAUAACAAGGACCUGGCCAUCUUUUAUUGCGAUAGGUAAAGGUACACUGUUCGAUUAUUUGUCGCAAGGCACUAAAGAGCGUUUGACCGCGCCAAUGAUCAAGUGCGUGAUGGCGUUGGGGAGACACGCCUUAGUGGAGUGUUUAGGAGAUCACUUGGACCACAUCGAUGAGUGCUUGCACGCGGACAGACGGACACACGCACACGCAAACCUAAGGGAAACUAUACUUGACGCAUCAACAUGUCUCCUAAGAUCUGAACCGACGACGUUUCUAGAAGAUUAUGUAAUGACUGAUUAUACGUUGUAUGAAAUGUUGGGGGACUCUGUGACGCCGCGACGGACUUUGUUUCCUGUAAAAGAAUCAAAUGCUAAUAAAAAAAAGGCAACUGAAAAGUCAGAUGAGGAGUUUUCAUACUUGCCCCUCAGACCGAUUGUUCGACGUCCAAAAGUAAGACUUAUAGCCCAUAGAAAAAAUAACAAAACAAUUCAUAGAGAAGCACUAUUUGAAUCCACCAAAAGUAAAAAACCUAUACAUAUAAGAAUAAAGAACUGUCGGUCUGUAGAUGUUGCGAAGAAACCCAAACAGACUAUAACAAGAAGUGCUCAGAAAACCAGUGGGGUGGUUGUUGCGAGUGGACUUUUAAAUAGAUUUAGGUACAGAAUAAACAAAACGAACUCUUUUCCAAUAUUUGGAGCUUUAACUUUG